CUCACCGCUGCUUGCUUUGACCCCCCCAGCCACUAAGAAAUUGUUCAGACUUCUUUUUGUAGCAGUCAAAAGAAGAAGAAAGAGAACAUGUCUGGGAUAAGGAAGGGAAUCACUGCACUGUCCGCUUUCUGGUGUCUGUUGAUGCUUGUUCAUUGUUUGUGUCAAACGGAUGCCGCUUUCAUAUGCAGCUCCACUCAGUUUAAUUGUGGAAAUGGGAGGUGCAUCCCAAACAGAUGGAUUUGUGAUGGAAAUGAUGAUUGUGGUGAUGGAGCUGAUGAGCUGCCUGCUACCUGUGCGGCCAAACAGUGCAGAGAUGAUGAGUAUCGUUGUGCCAGUGGCAGGUGCAUACCAAAGAACUUAGUUUGCAACAGUGAUGAUGACUGCUUAGAUGGCUCAGAUGAGGCUUCCUGUCAAAAACCCACCUGUAACCCAAGGGCCUUCCAGUGCAACAACACAGUGUGUGUAUCGUUGCUUUGGCUCUGCGAUGGAGACAGGGACUGCACUGAUGGGUCUGAUGAGUGGCCAGAGAACUGUGAGAGAAGGCAGUUGGAGAAGAAGUCACAAUGUAGCGUCCACCAGUUCCAGUGUGGGAGUGGGGAGUGUUUCCACAGAAGCUGGGAAUGUGAUGGAGAGUUUGACUGCCAGGAUCGUUCAGAUGAGACUAACUGCAACCUUAAAACCUGUCAGGAGUCAGAGUUCAACUGUGGUGGUCCCACUAACCGGUGUAUACCAAAAAGAUGGCACUGUGAUGGUGACAACGACUGCUCAGAUGGCUCAGAUGAGGCUUCCUGUCCAAAACCCACCUGUAACCUUCAGUCCUUCCAGUGCAACAACACAGUGUGUGUGCCAUCGCAUUGGCGCUGCGAUGGAGACAAGGACUGUCGUGAUGGGUCUGAUGAGUGGCCAGAAAACUGUGAGGGAAGGCAGCUGGAGAGGUCACACUGCGGCAUCCACCAGUUCCAGUGUGCGAGUGGGGAGUGUAUCCACAGAAACUGGAAGUGUGAUGGAGAGUUUGACUGCCAGGAUCGUUCAGACGAGGCUACCUGCAUACGUAAACGCUGUCUGGAUACACUGUUCGACUGUGGCUCCUCCACGCAGCAGUGUAUACCAAAAAUAUGGCGCUGUGACGGCGAUGAGGACUGUUCGAACGGCGCUGACGAGAAAAACUGCAAAAACAAUGCGUGUUUGAUUGGAAACGGUGGCUGCUCUCACUACUGCAACAGUCUGAAGACUGGCUACAGUUGCUCCUGCCCUGAUGGAUACAGACUGAAGGAGGACAACAAAACUUGUGAAGGUGACACUGCUCUGCGUGAACAUGCUUGGCAGCUACAGGUGUGAAGACGAUACGAUUGACCCUCCAUUCAAAUAAAAGUUAUAUAUUAACAGUUAAUGAAUUGGCAUUCAUGACCAAUAUCUUACAAUGUAACUUGCAUAUUUCUAUUGAUGUUGCUUGAUUAGAAUUUCUACAUGAAGACAUGCUAUUACUUUAGUACUACAUUUUACUAUACUGCCAUCCACUGUCUGUUUAAAGCAACACCCACGUAUGCAUGUUAACAGGAGGAUGCAUUAACAAGUAUAUGAUUAAACACAACUAUGUAACACUCACCGAGUUACAGAAAAUGUAUUAAAUGUGUGUGUGUUUAUGGCAGGGGGCGGGUGUAAAUCUUGCCAUCAAGACUUACAUUAUUAAAGUAUUAACUUUCUCUGAAAACAAUUAUUCAGAUUUUCUCAUUUUUAUGACACACUAUAAAUGAGUCCUUAAAUAACCUAAAGGGUGUGCUUUACUCAGUACUGUUUCAUGGUUUUUUAUGAAGUGAAGCUGUUACCUGACCUUCCAUAUAUCAUCUGGACAUACCUGGUGUUUCAACUCUGCCUCACUCUGAUGAUGUCUUGCAACGGUCUCUGGACCCUCUUUGCUUGCUGAGGUGUGUGUACACCCGAUGUUUGUGACUGUUUAGUUUGGGAAUCCAGCCAGCUGCACACGCAGGGUGUUUCCAGACUUCUCCGAAGCUCUUUAGAAACACACCUGAGGUAUUUAACUGAGGUUUGAUGGAGCUGAUGCUGUUGUACUCUACAGCAUAAAAACACCCUACUUUAUCUUGCUGCUGCUUACUUGUUACACU